AUGUGGAAUCUGAAGUUUACUAAAGAAGUGGCCACUAGGACUAAGUUUUUCACCGCGGAAGAAGCGUCUGUAGCAAGCGAGUACAUGGUCAGUCGAAGUUGCUACAAAUACUACAGAUAUAAAACUCUAGCAAGAAGAUUAGAGAUUAAGUUUCUGUUAGAUGAAGGAGGGAUGUUCGUUGUCCUACCAAACACAAGAGAAGAACUUGCAGAGGUCGAUGACGUUAUUGAUGAAAUUCUUAACAUUUCUGUGGAAGACUACCAAGACGCUCACGUCGAAAUAGAGCUCCCGGAAUUUAAGCUUUCCUCACUGGUUGAUUUCAAAACUGUUCUGCAAAAGUGUGGCGUCAGAAUACUCUUCCAGGCCAGCGAAGCAGAUCUCAGUGAAUUAGCCGAAGAUCUUCACGUUGAUGCAAUCUUUCAAAAAGUGCAUUUGAAAAUUGAUGAAAGGGGCUUGGAAACUACUAAAAAAGAUCCUCUUCAGUGGAACAAUAAAGUUCCUUUUAUACUCGCAACGGAGAAAAUUGUGGAGUUUAUCGUCGAACAUUCUUUCAUAUUCUUCAUAAAAAUCGAGGAUGUCGUUGUAUUUGUUGGAAGAGUCGUGAAUGCGAUUCUCUAA